UGAGGGACAUACUGGAAUUCACUGAACGACGUCGUUUUAGUCGACCGCGGUUGCGUAAGCGCUGGUGCGGCAAGGUAAUAGCUGCAGAGAAAUGAAACUCGUCUUUGGCAAGGUUUCCGUAGUCUGAUCUUCCUUCCCAUCGGAAAUUCACAUAAUCGCCAGAAAAAAAUGGGUUUAAUAACCCAUAGAAACCUCCAGUUAUUCAAGAUCCGGUACCGAAACCGAAACCGAAACGUAAUUUCAAGAACCAGAAUCUGCAAUCUCAAAUUCAAUUCUUUCUGCACCACUAACCAACACGACAACACAGCCAAAGAAAUCAGUAGAUUGUUGAAGCAAAACAACUGGCAAUACCUCAUAGAGUCCUCAUCAAUAUCGAAUACGCUAAACCCAGACGUGGUUCUCUCAGUUCUUAAACAAAACCAGGUGAACGAUCCUAAACGCCUCUAUGGUUUCUUCAACUGGGUUCAUUCUAGAAUUGUUGUCCCUCAAAAUAUUUAUUCGUUUUCGAUUCUUGCAAUAAUUCUGUGCAAUUCGCGGCUUUUUGCUCCCGCGAAUAGCGUCUUGGAACGAAUGAUUGAGACCCAUAAGCCGCAUUUGGAGAUUUUGGAUUCAAUUCUUAAGUGUUGUAGAGAGCUCAAUGGGAGUAAUAUAGUGGUUUUUGAAAUUUUGAUCAAUGCUUAUAAAAAGAAGGGGUUUCUCAACGAGGCUGCUAGUGUCUUUCUAGGAGCUAAAAAUCAUGGCUUUGUGGUUGAUGUGGUGUGUUGUAAUUCAUUGUUGAAGGAUUUGUUGAAGGGUAAUAGAUUGGAGUUGUUUUGGAAAGUGUAUAAUGGGAUGUUAGAGGCUAAGGUGGAUCCCGAUGUGUACACUUAUACAAAUUUAAUAAAUGCACAUUGCAAAGUGGGGAAUGUUAAGGAUGGUAAAGGGUUACUUUUUGAUAUGGAGGAGAAGGGUUGUAGUCCUAGUUUGGUUACUUACAAUGUGGUGAUCGCUGGUUUCUGCAGAGCUGGGGCUGUGGAUGAAGCUUUUGAGUUAAAGAAGUCUAUGGUUGAUAAGGGCUUGGCCGCAGAUAAUUAUACUUAUGCUACACUUAUCGAUGGACUUUGUAAACAGAAGAAAUCUAAAGAGGCAAAACUGUUGUUGGAGGAGAUGUGUAGCAUAGGUUUGAAACCUGAUCACAUUGCUUAUACUGCUCUGAUUAAUGGGUUCUUGAAACGGGGUGAUAUAACUGAAGCUUUCCAGGUUAAGGAGGAGAUGCUUGCUAAUGGAAUUAAGUUAAAUGUUUUCACUUUUAACACGCUUAUCCAGGGGUUAUGCAAAGUUGGUGACAUGGAGAAGGUGAAAGCUCUUUUCAGUGAAAUGAUUGAGAUGGGCAUAAAACCUGAUACCCAAACAUAUACUUGUUUGAUGGAUGGGUAUUAUAAGGAGCAAAAUAUGGUAAAGGCCUUUGAGUUACUGAUUGAGAUGAAGAACAAGAACUUGGCACCAACUGUGUACACUUACGGUGUUGUAAUCAAUGGUCUGUGCCGCUGCGGAGAUCUCAAACGGGCAAAUAGAGUGUUUCAAGAGAUGAUUUCUCCGGGAUUUAAACCAAAUGCUGUAAUAUACACAACUUUAAUAAAAGGCCAUGUCCAAGAAGGUGCAUUUGAUGACGCAAGAAAGAUUUUAGAAGUUAUGAAGGAGCAAGGGGUAGCACCUGACGUCUUCUGCUACAAUACUGUCAUAAUUGGACUCUGCAAGGCUGGAAAAAUGGAAGAAGCAAGGAAGUACCUGGUCGAAAUGGUUCAGAAUGGAUUAAAACCAAAUGUUUAUACUUAUGGGGCUCUUAUUCAUGGAUAUUGCAAGGCUGGGGAAAUGCAAGGAGCUGACAGUUGCUUUACAGAGAUGCUAGGUUGUGGUGUAGCACCAAAUGAUGUUGUUUAUGCAGCCUUGAUUGGUGGGUGCUGCAAGGAGGGUAACACCACUGAAGCUUUUGCAAAAUUUAGAUGUAUGCUUGAGCAAGGAGUGCUUCCUGAUGUGCAAACUUAUAGUAUUCUCAUCCAUGGCCUUUCGAGUAAUGGGAAACUCAAGGAAGCAAUGGAGGUUUUUUCUGAACUUCUUGACAAGGAUCUGGUUCCUGAUGUCUUUACUUACAGUUCUCUCAUUUCUGCCUUUUGCAAGCAAGGUGACUUAAAGAUGGCCUUUGAACUUCAUGAGGAUAUGUGCCAAAAAGGUAUCAAUCCAAACAUUGUCUCAUACAAUGCCUUGAUCGAUGGACUUUGCAAGUUGGGCGACAUUGGGAGAGCUCGGGAACUGUUUGAUGGAAUUCCAAGAGCACGUUUGGCUCGCAGUUGUGUGACUUAUGCUACAAUUAUAGAUGGAUAUUGCAAAUCCGGAAAUUUAGCUGAGGCAUUUCAGUUGUUUGACAGGAUGACAAUGGAGGGGGUUCCUCCUGAUGGCUUUGUCUACUGUUCCCUAAUUGAUGGAUGUUGCAAAAAUGGAAAUAUGGAGAAGGCUCUAUACUUGUUCUUGGAAAUGGUGGAUAAGGGCAUUGCUUCUACUUCUGCUUUCAAUGCUUUGAUCGAUGGCUUUUGCAGGUCGGGGAAGUUGAUUGAAGCUUACCAUUUGUUGGAAGACAUGGUUGGCAAGCAUAUCACACCAAAUUAUGUGACCUACACAAUUUUGAUUGAAUAUCAUUGCAAGGCAGGAACGAUGAAAGAAGCAGAGCAGCUCUUUCUAGAGAUGGAGAAAAGGAAUUUGAUGCCAAAUGUUUUAACUUACACAAUGUUAUUACACGGUUACAACUCUCUAGGGAAUAGAUCCAAGAUGUAUGCCCUUUUUGAUGAGAUGAUUGCAAGAGGUAUUGAGCCUGAUGAUGUGGUUUGGAGUAUGAUGGUUGAUUCUUACCUGAAAGAAGGUAACUGGAUUAAAGCUUUAAAACUGGUUGAUGACAUAAUGCUAAAGGGUGUGAAUGUGAGCAAAAAAGUGUAUAAUGUACUAAUUGAUGCUCUAUGCAAACAUAAUAAUGUUUCUGAAGUGUUGAAAUUACUUGAUGAGAUUGAAGAGCAAGGCUUUAAGCUAAGUCUUGCUACUUGUAGAACGCUAGUUUGUUGUUUUCACAGAGCAGGAAGGACAGAUAAAGCAGCGAAGGCUCUAGAGAGCAUGGUUAGGUUUAAAUGGGUUCCAGAUUCCAUUUUGUUAUGUGAUUUAUUGAAUGAAGACAGUACGAAUUCUGUGAAUGCUGAUGAUUUCUCAAAGCAAACAUUUGAUGUUGCUUGUCAGGUGCAAGCCUGAUUAUCAGAGAAGAUUGUGUUCCUCUGAACUGUCUCUAUCUACAGCUCCAUGGGAUUUGAUUAGUGCUGUUUUUAGCAACGUGUUAAAGGGGGUCGAGCUUGGUGCUUUGGUUUAUACAUGUAGCUUUCUCCUUCUGGAACACGUCAAGGUGGAAACUGUCAAACAAAAGGCCUUUGGCACUCAAAAAGCAGAAGAUGGAUUGCCCUCUUGCUGCCCUUUCUAGGAUUUUUUUCUAAAUAGGUAAAAUAUUUGGCAUGGUAAUGGUACUUUUUACAUUGUUUAUUAAUGCAUUUUCUCUCUAUCCCAAAAAAAGAAAAAUUGCAGUUUCUCUUGCCGGGUGCUUAGGAAGAUCUUUCAGUUAGUUACUGCCACAUCUUUUUCCCCUCAUAUGUACAAAGUAUUUUUAAGCUACUGGAAUUGGUUUAAUAUAACUGCCACAUCUUUCAGUUGCAUUAUGCUAUGUAAUGGGUGAUGUUUUGGGGCAUGCCUUUACCGACAGUUUGGCCUUAUAGGUAUUUGUUCUAACUGCUGGUUGGCAUGGAGCAGAUUAAGGAGCAAGGAGAGAAAAAGGAAGAGAAGAGGAUUAAACAGAGGUUAAGAGAUUGUGAAGUUGACUUAAUUUUGUCAUUUGCCUCUAAUGCAGAUGGGGAUAGAGGUUCGGAUUAAAGCAUUAAACUCUAACAAGUGGUUGGACAACCAUGUCUUGAGUUGAAGUGCGAGGACAAAACUAGUAUCCUUUUCUCAAAGCAGGACUGGGAAUAAUAUUUGCCAAAGCUUUAUGUACUCAGUAAUCACUGGUAAAAUUCAAAUUAGAAUGUUUGAUUCUCAGUUUGUUGCAAUGAUACAAAGACAGCAAGCAGAAAUCUAAUUAUAACUGGUUCAUAGUGUUGAAAAUACAUAGUACAAGUAUAAUUUUUUCUUUUUUAAAUACAAUUGGUUCUGAUUGAGAUUCAAA